UGCUGGGCUCUCCUGGUGUGGACACUGCUGCCCCCCUGGCAUGGACGUUGUUGCCCUCCUGGUGUGGACACUGCUGCCUCCCUGGUGUGGACACAGCUGGUGACUAUGCUAGGCCCCCGGUGUGGACACUACAGGCAGCCCGAGUCCUGACGGUCCAGCCGGGCCUGCGCUUCCCUGUCACUUGCUGCUAGAACUCUGCACCAGAGCCACUCCUGCUCCAGCGUCCCACUCUAGGUUGCUGCAUGGUUGAAAAAAAUAUUUGGGGACCACCCUAUCCCACAGUACGAGGUGAACUCUCGGACUACAGAGAUCUUACACCAUCUUUCAGAGCGCAACAGGACACGGGACAGGGACAUGUCCCUGGUGAUAGAAGACCUGAGACAGAAAGCUGGUGAAUAUGAAGCAGAAGCCAAGCAGCUUCAAGACUUUCUCAUGGAGAGUGUGAGUCUCUCCCCUGCCAAUCUCUCCAGCACAGGCUCCAAGUUUUUGAGUGCCUUGGUGGACAGUGCAGUGGCCCUUGAGACAAAGGACACUUCACUAGCCAGUUUUAUCCCUGCAGUGAAUGAUUUGACCUCUGAUCUUUUUUGUACUAAAUCCAAAAAUGAAGAAAUCAAGCUUGAGUUGGCAAAACUUGAAAAAAAUCUAACUGCAACUUUGGUGUUAGAAAAAUGUCUACAAGACGAUCUCAAGAAGGCAGAGCUACACCUGUCCAGAGAAAGAGCCAAAGUUGACAGCCGUCUUCAGAACAUGGGCUUCCUUCAAGCCAAGUCGGGGGAGCUCAGACUUGCAAUCAAAGCUGCAGAGGAACAACUUCCAUCUAGAGGCAUGGAUGCUUCUCUGUCUCACCAGUCACUAGUGGCUCUUUCAGAGAAACUGGCAGACCUAAAAGAACAAACAAUACCUUUGAAGAAAAAAUUGGAGUCUUACUUAGACUUAAUGCCGAAUCCAUCUCUUGCUCAGGUGAAAAUUGAAGAAGCAAAACGAGAACUAGAUUUCAUUGAAGCUGAACUCACAAAGAAAAUUGACAUGAUGGAACUCUGACCAGAGCCAAAUAAACAUUGUUUUCCCACAAAGUAAAUUUGAUAAGAUUUUAAAGA